AUCUGCAACCAAUUCACUUGGCAGUUGAGCAGCUGUGUGAAACACCAGCCUUCCACUUUGAAACACACGUCAACACCAAAAACUGCAAUCAUGUUCAAGGCGACGCUUCUUUUGCUGCUUGCCUCUCAAGGCCUGUGCAAUCCGAUAGGUGCUUAUCGACACCCGCGCAUGGGCGGUCGGGAUAGUGCGCCUAUAAUUACGAAUUUCUCAUGGCAGGAGUUCGCCGCGAACACUGGCGUGGACCCAAAGGCAUACAUAACCAAUCCUGGCAAGGGAAUAGAGGAGAAUUUUACGUGCACAAAGCAAACUGGGCCAGACCGACUCGACUGUCCUGGUGCCAUUUCCGCCUGGACAGAGCAGACGGAAGACGGUCACUUGAAGAUUAAGGCGGGACAGUGCAUCGCAGCCACCAAGAAUCUCUGCCGAACCGUCGUGUGUGCUCCUCGGGGAUCCUUGAAUAUCCACAUCGACCAGAUCAUCGGGCGGAUGUGGAAUCCCCUAUCGAUGAGAUGUGUGCUGGGAGGCAGAGGAGGAAUCCUUCAAAGCAAAGACUCGGCGUUCAUCAUUGAGAUGGGGACGCCACAGGAAUAAAAGUUUGUUUGUGUUAGGCUCAAUUAGCCUGGAGUUUGUGGUAAAAAAAGGUCGAUAUCUUCGGCGGGUCAUUUUGGGCAUUAGACGGUUUGCCUCGGUCGAUGUCAUUCCUUAAUACGACCGAGUUUCUAGCUUGGCAUCACAUCUGAUCCAAACUACCUUCUUUA